CAAUACUAGGAAACUUAGCCAAGUCAAAUUAAACAUUUAAAAAUCAAAAGACAUCCUUCGACCAUUGGCUUGGUAGACUAUAUAUUUUCAAAAAAGUAACCCUUGAAGACUUUUACAAUGCAUAUAGCAAAUAUGGGUUAAGCAGACAUUGCUAAAGACAACAUGCCACCGGCCAAAGACCUAGGCAUGUCUAUUUUGAGAGGGGCUCCACAAUGAGUGCUGAAAGUGAAGGACUUACUGGCCAACAAUGUGAUGAGAGAUGUAAGGAGUUUGCUAGCAUCACUGGAACCGAUACUGCUUUGGCAAUGUUCUAUCUGCAGGAUAGAAACUGGAACUUAGAGAGGUCUCUGGAUGCAUUCUUUGAAAGUGGGACUGGAGACUCAGCACCCCCCAUACCAAGUGUAAACCAAAGUGCAGUAUCAGCAGAAGGAGCUUCUGAUACAGCGAAAAAUCACAAUCAUGGCCAUGAUGAAAGAGGUAUGAAAAGAAGUGCUGCAGUUGCAAUGCCAGAAGAGGGGGAACCAGACACUGACAAUAAGAGGAUUCGAUUGAUGUCCUGGAACAUCGAUGGGUUGGAUGAAAAGAACCUUGAAACAAGAACUGAUGCUGUUAUAGAUACCAUACUAAGGGAAUCCCCAGACAUUGUGUUCCUGCAGGAAGUGAUCGACCAAACACAGACCCAGAUCAGAGAGAGGUGUUCAAACUAUGCUAUGGUCUCUGCAUAUGACCCUAAUGCAGGUAUGGUGGACCAAUACUUUGUUUGUAUCAUGAUGAAGAAAUCAACAGUGAAAUGUAAAAAAGGAAAUAUUGAUUUGAUAGAAUUCCCAAACUCUGUCAUGUCUAGAAACCUCCUUAAAGUCAAGGCCAAGGUGAAGGGAGUUGAGUUUACAUUAAUGACCAGUCAUCUAGAAAGCACCAAGGACUACAGGAACGCAAGAGUAGCUCAACUACAGAUGGCAUUCAAAGAAAUGAGAGAAGCUCCAGAUGAUGAUACUGUUGUAUUUGGGGGAGACCUCAACCUUAGAGAUAAAGAGGUCCCUGACAUACCAGAUGGAAUAGUUGACUUAUGGGUCAAUACUGGGAGUCGACCCGAGGCAAAAUACACCUGGGACAUGACUAGAAACAUUAAUCUCCCACAAAUGCAACGAUUCAAACCCCGCCUAAGAUUUGACAGACUUUAUAUGAGGCCUGCAAAACAAAAAAGGGCUGUGAAACCAGUAUACUUUGAACUUAUUGGACUUGAGAAGAUCCAUAAAUGUGGUAGAUUUCCCAGUGACCAUUGGGGCCUCAUGGUCCACUUUGACAACCUAGUAUAGAAUUAUAUAUCUUUCUUUGGUAAGGGGUAAUGUACAAAGUUUUACAUCACCACCAAGAAGAAGUGGAAACACAUUGUUAUGGCUUCCAUUUUUGGGACUGACAUUUGAUGGUUUGCAGUGUGCAUUUGGUGUCUGUAACAAAUUGUAUGUAGGCAGGUUGCAUGUUUGUCAAGUGAAUGUCUUGUUAUUUUCAUAAAAUAACUGAUAUUUUGGUUAUUAAAUAAUUUAAAAAAAUGAUAUGUUUAAAUGAUCCCAAUGUCAUGAUCAUCAGUGCAGUAUAAUACAG